GACACAGACAGGGAGAGACAAAGACCCAGGAGAGAAGGGCACAGGAGGAAGUUUUGGAGGAGAGAGGUCCUUAGGCGCUUUUCCUGAGCCCAGGGAUUAUUUUCUUCAUCUUCUUUGAAUGUCCCUAGCCCCUCUAAAAACUUCGCCUUAGAUUUUGGCGCAAAUCCGAGCCCCUCCGGCUUUAACGAGGAGUUUUCCAUAGUUAGGGUGGGGAGGAUUUGAUGCCUCCAAUGGCCUCAAUCCAUCCCAGCUGCAGCAGGGGUACCAUGUCCCAGAUGGGCUUGCAUCCCGGCAGGGGCUUGACUGGGCACUGGCUGCGAAGAGCCCAACUCUGCUUGCAGCUUCACACAGUGCCUUUCUCUGGUCUGGAGUGGAGGCGGUCGCUGGUGCUGCUGCUGGCCUCCCUCUUGCCCUUAGCCUGGGCAGCCAGCCCCCUCCCUCGGGAGGAGGAAAUCGUGUUUCCAGAGAAGCUCAAUGGCAGCAUCUUGCCCGGCUCAGGUACCCCUGCCAGGCUGCUGUACCGCUUGCCAGCCUUUGGGGAGGUGCUACUACUAGAAUUAGAGCAGGACCCUGGGGUCCAGGUUGAGGGGCUGACAGUGCAGUACCUGGGCCAGGCACCUGAAAUGCUGGGUGGGGCAGAGCCAGGUACCUACCUGACUGGCACCAUCAAUGGAGAUCCGGAAUCGGUGGCAUCUCUGCACUGGGACGGGGGAGCCCUACUAGGGGUGUUGCAGUACCGAGGGGCUGAACUCCACCUCCAGCCUCUGGAGGGAGGCUCCCUUAACUCUGCUGGGGGACCAGGGGCUCACAUCCUACGCCGGAAGAGUCCUGACAGCAGCCAAGGUCCCAUGUGCAACGUCAAGGCUCCUUCUGGGAGCCCCAAUCCCAUUCCCCGAAGAACCAAGCGCUUCGCUUCUCUGAGUAGAUUCGUGGAGACACUGGUGGUGGCAGAUGACAAGAUGGCAGCAUUCCACGGGACGGGGUUAAAGCGCUACCUGCUGACAGUUAUGGCUGCGGCAGCCAAGGCCUUUAAGCACCCAAGCAUCCGAAACCCUGUCAGCUUGGUGGUGACUCGGCUAGUGAUCCUGGGGUCAGGCCAGGAAGGGCCCCAAGUGGGGCCGAGUGCAGCCCAGACCCUACGCAGCUUCUGCGCCUGGCAGCGGGGCCUCAACACCCCUGAGGACUCAGAUCCUGACCACUUUGACACAGCCAUUCUGUUCACCCGACAGGACCUGUGUGGCGUCUCUACUUGUGACACUCUGGGUAUGGCUGAUGUGGGCACAGUGUGUGAUCCGGCUCGGAGCUGUGCUAUUGUGGAGGAUGACGGACUCCAGUCAGCCUUCACUGCUGCUCACGAACUGGGCCAUGUCUUCAACAUGCUCCAUGAUAACUCCAAGCCAUGUGUUAAUCUGAAUGGGCAGGGGGGCUCCACUCGCCACGUCAUGGCUCCAGUUAUGGCUCACGUGGAUCCUGAAGAGCCUUGGUCCCCGUGCAGUGCCCGCUUCAUCACUGACUUCCUGGACAAUGGCUACGGGCACUGUCUCUUAGACAAACCAGAGGCUCCCCUGCAUCUGCCAGUGACUUUUCCUGGCAAGGACUACGAUGCGGACCGCCAGUGCCAACUGACCUUUGGGCCUGACUCACACCAUUGUCCACAGCUGCCACCACCCUGUGCUGCCCUCUGGUGCUCGGGCCACCUCAAUGGCCAUGCUAUGUGCCAGACUAAGCAUUCACCCUGGGCUGACGGUACUCCCUGCGGAUCCGCACAGGCCUGCAUGGGCGGCCGCUGUCUUCACGUGGACCAGCUAAAAGACUUCGAUAUUCCGCAGGCUGGGGGCUGGGGUCCCUGGGGACCGUGGGGUGACUGCUCUAGGAGCUGUGGGGGCGGUGUCCAGUUUUCCUCCCGGGACUGCACAAGGCCCGUCCCCCGGAACGGUGGCAAGUACUGCGAGGGUCGCCGCACCCGUUUCCGCUCCUGCAACACUGAGAACUGCCCAAGCGGCUCAGCAUUGACCUUCCGUGAGGAGCAGUGUGCUGCCUACAACCACAGGACAGACCUCUUCAAGAGCUUCCCAGGGCCCAUGGACUGGGUCCCACGCUACACAGGUGUAGCCCCGCGAGACCAGUGCAAACUCACCUGCCAGGCCCGGGCACUAGGUUACUACUAUGUACUGGAGCCACGGGUGGCAGACGGAACUCCGUGUUCCCCAGACAGCUCCUCGGUUUGUGUCCAGGGGCGCUGUAUCCAUGCUGGCUGUGACCGGAUUAUUGGAUCCAAAAAGAAGUUUGACAAGUGCAUGGUCUGCGGUGGGAAUGGUUCUAGCUGCAGCAAGCAGUCGGGCUCCUUCAGAAGAUUCAGGUACGGAUACAGUGAUGUGGUCACUAUCCCCGCCGGGGCCACCCAUAUUCUUGUACGGCAGCAAGGGGGUUCUGGCCCCAGGAGCAUCUACCUGGCCCUGAAGCUUCCAGAUGGUUCCUACGCCCUCAAUGGUGAAUACACGCUGAUGCCCUCCCCCACGGAUGUGACACUUCCUGGGGCAGUCAGUCUGCGCUAUAGCGGAGCCACGGCAGCCUCAGAGACACUGUCUGGACAUGGGCCUCUGGCCCAACCCUUGACGCUGCAAGUCCUGGUGGCUGGCAACCCACAGAACGCACGUCUGCGGUACAGCUUCUUCGUUCCCCGACCAGUUCCUUCAACACCACGCCCUCCUCCCCAAGACUGGCUGCACCGCCGGGCACAGAUUCUGGAGAUCAUUCGGAAGCGUCCCUGGGCUGGCAGGAAAUAACCUCACUCUCCCGGCUGCCCUUUUGGGGUGCCGGGGCCUCGGACUCAUCUGGGAGAAUGAGGAGGUUCUGCAGCUGCCUCAUGCUAAAACACAGCAGGGAAGUGCUGUAGAGGGCGAAAUCUGCCCUGCCUCUCUGCCCUAAACUGCAGGCUGGCCCUGCCCUGGCUUCCUGCCCUGGGAGGCAGUGAUGUGUAGGUGAAUGGAAAGGGGCUAGGAGACGCCCCCUAUCUAAACUGCCCCCUCUGCCCUGCAGGUCACAGGAGGGAGAGGGGAAGGCAGGAUGGGUCCUGGAUCCCAGUUGUAUUUAUUUAGUAUUUAUUCACUUUUAUUUAGCACCAGGGAAGGGGACUAGGGUCUUGGGGAAACUCAAGCCCCCACCCUAGCUAUGAAAUCCAGGGUGGUGGUAACAAAUAUAAGUGGUGUGUGUGUGUGUGUGUGUGUGUCUGUGUG